CACCAUCUUCCUCCCUCGAUCGAUCCCCUUCCCUUGCCCUGUCUCCUCCUCCUCAUCCCUCCAUAUAUACGGCCGCGAUCCGCCGUGGGUUCAAGCUCAAAGCCUCGUGGUUUCCUCGGACCAGCAGAUGUCCCUGCGACACAAAUAGCCACGGUUAAUUGGAGAUGUUUUGCGUGUCGAGGCAGAUGGUGGCGACAAGCAUGGGGGGUUCCGUGGGGGUGGCGCCAGCCGUGUGAGUGGACGUAAAGGAUAAGGGCCUGCAGGUGUGAGAUCUUCCAUCCAUCCAUCCCCUGCCUCUGCGGCUGUGCCCUAGUGAGCGAUCGACUGCAUGUGGGGCGACGUGGUGUCGCUGGUCCGGCAGGGCCUGCGGUGGCGGCGGCGGAGGGGGAGGAGGUCGGCGGCGCGGGUGGUGGACGAGAGCGCGCUCGCCGUCGUCGUCGCCGCCGAGGACGGCAACGGCGGCGCGCCCGCGGCGGCUCCGACCGUGGGAGGCGCGCUGGCCAGGGCGCUGCUGGCGCUGGCGUGCGCUGUCCGCUUCGACGGGGACGGCCUGUCCACGGAGGACGCCUGGGCGGCCAGCGCGUGGCGGCCGCGCGCCGACGAGGUCAGCCACCUCAUGGUCCGCGAGAGCAUGCGCUACGCCAUCUACGCAUAGGAUUCUACGUGAUCUGUGUGUCUGGAACUCGGUAUUUGGAUUUGGUGUACGUACUUACAGUAUUAUAUAUGUAUGUAUACGAUCCUUCAUGUUAGUUUAAAUGUAUAGAGUACCUUAUCUUCGAUGUACGUAUCAUGGUCCCUGCUACUGUACUACUCCUACUUUGGUGUCGACAACAAAAAGAAAAAAAAAAGAGUCAUUGCUACUGCUGCUACAAGUGUCAUGUCAAGUGUCAUGGUUAUUAGGUUCGUGCUUUCUUCCUCCUUUCAGACAAUUGAGCCCGUGCUUGUGUAUAGCAUUCUUGGUUAAUCUAAGAGAUGACUACAAUUUAAUGCCAA